AUAUAUAACUAAAGCGUAAAAAGACGUUUGUAAAACAGCGGGAGAAGUACUUUGAGAGGAAGAAGAUGGCGAAGAAGAGAGACAGUUUCAAGCUUAUCAAAAUCAAAGAAGCCUUUAAUCUCAUCAACCAACACGUUACUCUUAUUGGUGUUGUUCUUGAAUCAAGAGAACCCAAACAAUGCCGCAACAAUGAUUGGAUUUGUACGCUCCGGGUACUUGAUGAUACAUGCCCAAGUCCUGGACUUACUGUAAAUGUAUUUAGUAAAACAGCUGAAGAGCUUCCUCAAAUCAAGAACCAUGACGACAUGGUUCUGUUUACACGCAUCAAGAUGCAAACUUUUGAUAGUGGAAGAAGAGUAAACGCUGCUUGUGAUAAACGGGUUGCUUCGUUUGCGCUGUUCGAAGGAAGUACUGGCAAGGAUCUUGUAUGUUACCAAUGCAGUUCAAAUUUUUAUGAAGAUGUAGCACUAUACAAGAGUUCCAUGGAUGAUCUACGCAAAGUGUUUCCCAAUUGUAGUGAAGCUGAUAAUGGUAACAAUAGUUCAAUCUAUAGAAAAGCACCUCGCCCUCAAGAAAAUUUAACAUUCUUGAGAGAGAUCAAGAAAGGAAAAUGCUUUGAUUUGCUGUGCAGGAUCCUCCAUGCCGAUGAAGAAAUGAGCACCGUUUUUGUUUGGGAUGGAACUGAUGCACCGCCAGCAUCUAUUCUGGCAAAGGGAAUUGAAGAAGACAAGGCAUUUAGCAGUCUCUCAGUUAAUACUUUUCUGUCAAGAGAUACAUUGCUCAGCUUUCCAACAGUUGGAACGAUCUUGAGAGUUUCUCUAAGCAAUCAUCUAUUUCAUCAGGUUAAACCUGGUGAUUGGGUGAAACUUUACCAUUUACUCUGUGAAGUUGAUAAGGGAUCUUGGGUAGGUAAAGUUACCAACUCUACAAAAGUUCAUCUUGCUCAAGAUGAUCGUUUAGUUGAAAAGAUCAUGAGGAUAUAUGAUAAGAGAAUAUCAUCAAAGCUGGGACACAUUCCAUUUUGGAGUUUUCCGUCGCCUCCUGGACUAACAGUGACCGAUGACCAAUGUGCACCAUUUCUUUCACUGAUGGACAUCAUAACAUUCCCCAAGGUUACAUGCAAGUACAGAUGCAUUGUUCGGGUUGUAGCCGUGUACCCUUGGCAAGUAGAGGAUUACUGUUCAGAUAAGGAUCGCCGGCACCGAGUUUUGUUGACACUGGAGGAUCCAACAGCGACUUUAGAUGCUUUCUUAUGCGAUAAAGAAUCAGAGUACUUUUGGGGUUUAGGAUUUCAGCACACUAGGAUAUUGAGAAAGAAGCGGAAUCGGUUGCUCGGAAUAAGCGAAAACUCCAACUUUGUUACUCCAAGAAAUCCACCAUGGAUCGAGUGUUGUAUUUUCUCUUACUAUACUAAUAAAGCUGACCCCUGGAACACCAGAUUAUAUAGAAUAUUUGGCACUCGCCUUCGUGGCUAAGCUUUGUUAAGACUAAAUAGUUUAGUAUUAGGAGUUUAGGACUUAGAUCAUGUUACGAAUGUUGGUUGUAGCUUAACAAGUAUAUGUUACAUUCUGUUUCAUUAUUUCUAUAAACCAUAACUAUAGAGACCA